AUGAAGUCACCGGAUUAUUUGCAGAGACUAGAACUUGAGUAUGAGAUUCAAAAGGAGAAAGAGCGCCGAGAGAGAGCAGAGCUAGAGACUCGAGAGCAUGCCCGGAAAUAUGAGGAAAUUUACAAAACAGUCGCCGAAUUUGAGACGAAAAUCGAAAAGGCAGAAGCCUAUGCUAAAAAGAAAGAGAGUGACGCCGGGAAUUUGAGCCGAGCGCUGAAAAAGGAAACAAGACGAGCCGAAUUGAAAGAUUGGUACAUCCAACGGACAGAAGAGACCAUUCUUAAACUCGAAAAGCUUGCUCUUUCACAACGAGAGAGAGCUGCCGGGGCUGUGAAGAGCCUCCAACUGAAAAUUCAACAUGGAGAAGAUCGCACCAAAAAGCUCAGGGAGAUGUUCGAUGAGAUCUCGGCAAUUGUACGCAGACAGGCGGGCCAGAUUACCAAGAAUAACAAGGAAUGGCUUAUCUUUCACCAACGGCUACAUGAUUACGGGGUGAUGUUUGGGAUACGGAGAAAGGAAAUCUUAGAGAAGAUCCAAAAAAUGCAGGACACCUUGGGACUUUCUGAAGAAGCCUUGCAUCAACGUGCCUGCUUAUUGAAUACCCGGACAAUAGAGCUAGAUGCUCGAUGCAGAGCAGUCAUGAAGAAAAAUAAGGAGUCGAAGGACAAAAUUGGAAAAGGGUUAGUGGCAAGAGGAGCGCAUAUUGCUAAGAACCAAAAGAGGCAUUCUUCGAAACAAAAGGACAAAGGGAGACAGAAUAGGAGAGAAAAGAGGCUCUGGAAAAAGUAUAGACGCACCGCCUGCACUUCCGACACUGACUCUGAUAGUUCUUCUGCAGAUUCCUGUUCAUCUUCUGACUCAUUCGACGCUUCACUCGAACCAGCAUACCACCUUCAACUUGUUGACGCUACCUUGCAGGCCAAGGAAUCGUUGAAAAACAUGCCGCACCAAUUCGACAUGCCAUGGAAGGUGCAGCGUAUGACUGACAUGCGUGAUGGUGUGGUGUAUCCUGAUAACAGACCACCACCCAAUGGAAUAUUUUCGCUAUAUAUUUCGGAUGGGGAGCAAAAAUCAUGCCCUGCUACCGCUAGUAAUAGAGGAUCACUGAAAACGGCGGCCCUCCUCAUCAAUGGCAAGCCACGGCAAAUUUCUCGGAAGCGUGUGCGACUUGAAGCCUCGAACCUCCAAGACUUGGGCGACCGAAAUGGGAUCCAACGUCCUUCCCUGCCUAAGCGACGAAAGUCGAAGACCGAAGGCCAUCCUCUCCGAUCUUCCCGGGAGAUUAGACACUCACCACUCAAUCGACAAGGCCCGGGGGGACCAGUGGUUUGUCAGUACGCUCCCCGUGAGGAACUUGACCUAGAUCAAAAUUACCAAUCGUCGCUUCAUACUGCAGGAACAAAACAGGGGCCGGUUACGCCAUUGCCGGAUCUCGCCCCGAGAGAAGCCCCAAAUUCCGAGGCAUCGUUUCCUUGGCCUUAUCCAAUCCAUGCUCGAUUAUGGGGACACGAGUAUCUUGAAUCACAGCGGCGAAAGGCUGAGAUGAUCGGACAUGCCUCCCCUUCCUUUGGCCAUGUUCCUUUCCCAGCGCUUCCAUCUAUUAUCAGUGCCCGGGCUGGUUCUUACCGAAACCAUCGAGGGUUUUCAAUCAAUCGGCCACCAAAAGUGGUGGAGGCUAAGUCGACACAGUACAAUGACGAGAAUAUAAAUAUUGAGACGGAGCUUAAUGCCGAAAUGGAGACAGCCCUGUCAGACCCUGGGGUGCCCGGGAUGUGGCCCAAUGAAAACCCAGUUGAUGACGGAUCCGAUGCGACCACGCUUGAGCACGUGUUUGAGCCGUUCGGGGAUAGCAUGCGCCGAUUAUUCCACGGACGGCGCUACCAGCUGGCUGGUGGAAUAGUUAUCUUAGGCGUACUUGUCUACGCUUAUGUCGGGCAGCAUGCGCACCACUUGUGGAUGGCAUACAACGAAGUUCCCCCUGUUGCUCUCACGAAAUUGCGCAACGCGGCCAUGUCGACAGUCCGUGGGUCAACACCUUUUACCUUCAACGUCAUGAAAGUGUGCAACCAUGACCGAUCAAAGCUUGGCUGA